CGGGCCUGGCAAGAGGCAACGGGACAGCUGUGAGCUGAACCCGCGGCGCGGGCGGGUAGGAGGGAAGGCGACGACGGCCAAGUUCAUGCCCGGACCACAGCUGUCCCUCAGGAGCUUGGCCUGGAGCCCAAGUCACGUCAUCGGGCUGCUGGUCAGGGGUGGAGUGGCCUCGACUUGCAGCUUUUCCUCAUGAGCCCUGCCUGGGUGUCCACCUGGCACUCAGCACGACCACGUCUCUUCCUCCCGGAGCAGCUGUCCAACCCAGAGGCCUGGACUUCAGAGAGAUCUCCAGGAGCAUUCAAGCCUGGAGUGCUGCUUCCCCAACCCCCGGGUGUUUGACGGGCCACCCAGCUUGCUUACGGUUCUGCAAAGACUUGAAGAAACUGACAAACCCGGAUGGCUACCCCUGACAGGAGAGUGGUCUCUAGACACCAGAGACCUGGCCAGGAUGCAAAGGAGAGUGGGGCCUGCCUGGGUCCCCUUGAGGUGGCACUGCGGAGCAAGGCAUGGGAAUUCUUUCAGACCUGCGACACAGAAGGCAAGGGCUUCAUCGCCAGGAGGGACAUGCAGAGGCUCCAUGAGGAGUUACCACUCAGCUUGGAGGAACUGGAGGAUGUGUUUGAUGCCCUGGAUGCUGAUGGCAAUGGCUUUCUGACGCCAGAGGAGUUCACCACUGGAUUUAGUCACUUCUUCUUCAGCCAGAAUAAGCUGGGUCAGGAAGAGGCGGGUGAACAGGUGGCCCGGCUCCAGGAAGAGAAGGUCUAUCAGUCCAGAGGGGGAGAGCACGUGGGCGACACAGAUGAAGAUGAAGAGACCCAGUUUCAAACGCUGAUGGACAGACUUGGAGCCCAGAAGGGUUUGGAAGAUGAAAGUGACAUCAAGCAGCUCUGGUUACGGCUGAGGAAGGACGAACCUCACUUACUGUCCAACUUUGAGGAUUUCCUGACCAGGACCUUCGCGCAGCUCCAAGAAGCUCACGAGGAGAAGAACGAACUGGAGUGUGCCCUGAAAAAGAAAAUUGCUGCUUAUGAUGAAGAAAUCCAGCAUCUCUAUGAGGAGAUGGAACAGCAAAUCAAGCAUGAGAAGGAGCAGUUUCUCCUAAAAGACACGGAGAGGUUUCAGGCCCACAGUCAGGAGCUGGAGCAGAAACUGUUGUCAAAGGAGCAGGAGCUGGAGCAGCUCACCCAGAAGCAGAAACGGCUGGAAGGCCAGUGCGCCAUGCUCCAAAAUGAUGAGCAUGAAACCAAGGCUGAGAAUACCAAGCUGAAAGUCACAAACCAGGAGCUGGCCCGGGAGCUGGAACGGACGUCCCGGGAGCUGCAGGAUGCCCAGCAGCAGCUGGAAAGCCUCCAACAAGAGGCCUCCCAACUCCACCAGGAGAAGGAGUUGGAAGUAUACCGCGUGACGGAGAGUCUGCAGCGCGAGAAGUCAGGGCUCCUGAAGCAGCUGGAUUUCCUGAGGGAAAGAAACAAACAUCUUCGGGAUGAACGGGACAUACAUUUUCAGAAAGAUAAGGCAGCCAAGGCAAACACAGCUGCUUCCAAGGCGAACUGGAAACAGAGAUCUGGCUCUGUGAUAGGCAAAUACAUGGAUGGCAGAGGGAUUCUUAGGAGCCAGUCAGAGGAGGAAGAAGAUGUGUUUGGCCUCCCAAGGAGGAGAAGCUCCCUUGGCCUGAGUGGAUAUCCCCUUCCAGAAGAGGAGCCAGGGGCUGGGGGUCCGCUCCCCCGGGCACUCCGCAGAAUCAUCUCCAUUGAAGAAGACCCCCUGCCCCAGCUCCUGGAUGGCAGCUUAGAGCAGCCAUUGAGCAAAUGCUCAAAAGAGGAGGCGGUCUCCCAGCAGAGAGUGGAAGGACAAAGCCAGCAGGCCAGACCCUUGGAACCCAUACCUACAUCUCCCCGAAGGCAGCCUGUUGGAAAAGAAGCCUUGUCUAAGGAGGAAGCCUCCCCCUCCAUCCCAGACCGGCUCUUCAAAAUUGUGCUUGUGGGCAACUCCGCUGUGGGGAAGACGUCCUUCCUGAGGAGGUUCUGUGAGGACCGGUUUGCCCCCGGCUUGGCAGCCACCGUGGGCAUCGACUAUCAGGUGAAAAUGAUGCACGUUGAUGGCUCAUACGUGGCACUGCAGCUAUGGGACACGGCGGGACAGGAGAGGUACCGCUGCAUCACCCAGCAGUUCUUCAGGAAGGCCGAUGGCGUCGUCGUCAUGUACGAUGUCACAGCCAGACAGUCGUUCCUGUCGGUCCGGCAGUGGCUGAGCAGCGUGGAGGAAGCUGUGGGAGACUAUAUUCCUGUUCUUCUGCUGGGCAAUAAAAUUGACAACGAGAAAGAGCGGGAAGUUCCUCAAGGCCUCGGAGAGCGGCUUGCCAAGGAGAACAAUCUGAUCUUCUAUGAAUGCAGUGCCUAUUCCGGUCACAACACCAAAGAGUCCCUGCUCCAUCUAGCCAGGAUCCUCAAGAAACAAGAAGAUACAGCCAGGGAGGACACAAUACAAGUUGACCGCCCUGCCAAAAAGAAGUCUUGCUGUGGCUGAUAAGAGUCCUCCCAGCCCUGUUCCGUGUGGAUAUGAGGUCAGGGGACUUACCCUGGUUCCUGCACAUGGGCUCCCUCUUGGAUGCUGCCACCACAGCCCGCCUAAGCCCUUGUUUCUGUCAGCGACUUGCCUCCACCAACAGGAGGGGAAGUACAUCCAGCCCGGAAAGCUGCUCCUGGAGCAUUUUGGCGUCUUCUUUAUCUUCUCUCUAGACCCAGGUGCCCAUUUCCCACCCCUUCCCCCAGCUUAGUUUUGUGGGGAAAAGAAACAGAUGGGCUUUUCCAGAAAAAUCACCACAUGCCUUCCCCACCUCCCUUCUGCUCCCCUUGCCCUUAGGAAAUGCACCGCCAUGGUUGCCAUGGCAACCACGAAGGGCGGACUUGCUGCUUCCUGUAGGCCAAAGACACAGGACCAGGGCGGUGGGACUUCCUUUGGCUCCUGUUCUCUGGAUAUCAAUGGGAUGCUCUUGGCAUAUGCUUCAUAGACCUCGAGAUGCCCACGUGGUGUUGAGAAAAGCGUCCACAUUCUAUUGCACACCCCACCCGCAGGGGUUCUGCUCCUUGCUGGGCUGCAGAGCCCCGUGUCUCAGCAGCCACCAUGCCUCCUGUAUUUGUCCCCUCGCAGUCUCUGGAACAUGCCUUAUGAGAAACCCACACCCUUUCUUCUCAACCCCCUACCCACAGCCCUGACUCCAAGGUGGACUGUGGGUGAUAAAUGUGUGCCUGGGGUGAGUGAGUGGGCUUAGUUCCUACUUAACUUUGACUAAGAGACGAGAAGAAAACGAGGGGAAAAACCCAUCUGCUGCUAAACAGAGCGACCAUUUCUGGUGUAUAAAUAAGGUAUAUAUAGCUCUGUGAAAGCCAUUUUCCAAUGUUUCUCAAAAUAGCUCUUUGAAAAAUUGUACAUGAUGAUUAAUGGGGUAGAUUGACAUGCAGGCAGUGAGGCCCAGCACUGGGUCCAUAGUUACCGACUUCAUUUUAUUUUAUUAUUUUAUUUCCAGAAGACUAUAUUUAAAAAAAGAAAGUGUGGCCAUGUUGUUGACAUAUAGCUGGUGUUUCAGAAGUGAGCAGAGCGUAGCUGCAGACUUCAACAUCCCUGGGAUAUUGCAUUAUGGGGCAUGAUCUGGGCCCGUGUGUGGUCCCUUCAUCUGGGUGGUGGUGAGUUCCCAGCCCCAGCUGGGCUCCAGCAUCCCUGGCUGGCCGUCAGGGGGGCUGGUGAGGGGAGGGCAUUCUUGGGUGGGAGCCUGGAUGAAAAGAUCAUAAAGCUCACCGCCCUCUACCACUCAUGUGCUGUAGGCCCAGCCCUACAGGAAAGUGAGUGGUAUCCAUACCUAAGUGGCACAACAUAGGAAGGGAGAGGAGCACAAAGAGUCCACAGGCCUCCAAGAAGAUUCAAGACAACGGUACACAGCCAACUUGGUAGUAGAGUGUCUUCUGGUCAGAGUUCCUAAGGGUGUUCCCUGUAGCCUCCUCCCCAGACUCCUAGAAGUGUCAGAGUUCCAUGGGUCACCAGGCAAGUGCCUACCUCCUUUUCUCAGGCUUUUCUCUCCCUCAUUUGGUGCUUGGAGGCACCAGGGAGCCCAUGGAUGGUACAGCACAAAAGCCAGCACUGAGCCCCAGGAGGUGCCCCAUGAUCUUGGGGAAGCCAGCUCCCUGUCUGAGCUACCAUCUCAUCAGUAAAAUGAAAGUUGGGCUCUUUGAUGCUUCUGGUUCUUCUUGCUCAGGGUCCUUGUGAUGAUAACUUCAUUUUCUAACUUAGGCUGGCCUUGCCUUCAGUCCAAAUUUGAAGGGAACUCACAGGAAGCUCCUUUCUCUAAGAAAAGACCAUGGCAAUUGUCUCAUUCGUGGGAUGCAGGGGGUGAUGGGUCACCCAGAAGUGGCCCUCCAGCAUCUGUGUGGGUGUGUGUUGCUGUGUGAGUAUGUGUUGUUGAGCAGGGCGGGGGCAGAUAGAAGGUAGGGAUCACCAUAAAGAAAGUAAACUGAGUCUCCUGCUUCUGAAAACAAAAAAGCAGAGAUGGCGGUUGGAACUUAUGGGGCAAGCUGGCUAUACCUGGAGUUUCCCAAGCCCGCAGAUGCCUUUAUAUCCUAUACCAAGUCCCUGGCUUGGGGCUACAUUUUUCCAUUUAGGAGAAAAGCAUUCAGGAUUUAGAACAGGGUGGAGUGACCCUAGUUCCUGACCCUACAGCAUGUAGGGUAAAUCCCCACAAAACCUCAAAAGUCCAGGCAGAGAAGAGAGGGCAGUGAGGGUCUUUAGGCCCCUGCUGCUUUCUUCUCUAACCCCACUUGAAACAAGUAUGGAGGAUGGGACCUCAGAGAGCCUCUGAGAAGUUUUGUGUCCCAAGGUCAGAGCCUCCCCUUCUCUCCAAAUUCCCCUUAAGCUAUCAAGGUGAUCAAAGUCACCCCGGUGACUGUGAGCCUGUCCCAGUGCCUGGCAGAGUGCUGUCAGAGAAAUCUUGGGCUCCAAACUAUUUCCAUAGCUGUAAUUAACUUGAAGUCACCUGGCCAGGGUUCCUGUUCAUCUGUAGAUCGGAGGUUUCAAUGUCUACCUCACAUGGACACAUUAAGUAUUAAAUGAGGCAAUGAAUGUGAAAUACUUAGCACAGUGCCCAGUACACAUAGGUGCUAACACAUAGGGGCUACCUUUGUUGUCAACAUCAAGUCACUGCCCAGACCACUAACCUUGCCCUAAUUUCAGAUUGAGAACCAGCUAACACUUACUAAGCCCUGUAAGUGGGUGUUCUCAUAAACACUACCUUACUUGAGUACCCAAUUGCUGAGCCCAUUUCCUUGGCAUAUGAGAUUGUUUCUGGCAUUGCUCCUGGCCCUGUUCUCCUUCGUUCCUGUGGGUUUCCUGGUUUUCCAGUCAGUACCAUAUCUUGCAGUGUAUGUGGUCUGCUUCCGCAUAAUCCACAUAAUUCACUCUGCUCCCUUCCUGUGGUUCUCCAGGACACAGACAGCACCUGAGACCUGCUGUUAGGGUAUUUACCUAAGAAUGACCUCUGCUCUCCACCAUCAUUGGCCCCACAUUUUCUUCCCUAUGAUGACUCCUUUCACUUCUUCUGUCAUCUCCGGCUGCCCUCAGCCCUGUGUUGCCAAACCAGGGGCUUCAGCACCAAACCAAAACUCUGGUUGUUUUUUGUGAUAUUUGUUUUUAGAUAUAUUUAUUUAUUUUAGAGUACG